AUGGAUCUCGCGAGCAUACUUCUCGACGAGAGCAUCGAACUUAAGCACCCACGGCACCUCGAAACUUGGAAGCCAGCAUGCGACCAAAGAGGUAGAAGAGCGGCUUCAAGAACUCCAGAGUUCUACCAUCACACUCUACCCGCGGUAUCAACAUAUCCCUCAGGCGCGAAGCUUGCGAACACUGCAGGAAAGGCAAGGCUUGAUCAACUGGGGAAGCGAAAGACGCAAAUAGUUCUGACGGAAACAUCAGUGUCUGGGAGAGUGACUUCCAUCCGGCUGAGCGGUUCGAAAUUGGCAUUCGUUGAUAUCACCGAGGAUCAGACCAAGCUACAAGUCAUGCUGUCUCACUCAUCACUCGAAGACAACGGCAUAACCUUGACCGAUUUCAAGCACUUUUGCCGGCUGUUGAGAAGAGGUGACUAUAUUUCGCUGAAGGGAGUUCGACCGUACAAGGCCAAGAACGGUCAGGUCUCUAUCCGGGCUGCUGCCAUGCCCAUAAUUCUAUCGCCUUGCCUCCAACGAUUUCCAGUUGAGCAUCGAGGGCUCGCAACGACGGAACUUGCAGAGUCCAACUUUCGACCUCGACAUGUGGAAAUGCAGACGGAUCCCGAGAUAAUAGAGACCAUGAAGGCCCGGGCUACACUCAUACGGACAAUGAGACAGUUCUUUGAGUCACGGGAAUUUGUUGAAGUGUCCACUCCUAUUCUGUCCGCCGCCGCGGGUGGUGCAACAGCGAAACCAUUCGAGACCAAGGCAAUGGAGUUUCCUCACCGGAAAUUGAGCCUGCGGAUUGCUCCAGAGCUCUGGUUGAAAAGGCUCAUUGUCGGUGGGCUGGACAAGGUUUUUGAGAUUGGACCUUCUUUUCGAAACGAAGGCCUCGACAAGACACACAAUCCCGAGUUCACGACCUGCGAGUUCUACGCCGUCCGCCAUGAUCUGCGCCAACUGAUGGACAUGACCAUGCGGCUCGUGAUUGACAUUCACCAGGCUAUCAGAGCUCUUCCCUAUCGAUUUGCGAAUGUACCCGCGCACCUCCUCGAUUCUAUUUGUGGUCCUUACGAGGAGCUUGACUUCAUCCCUUCUCUCAACUCUGCCCUGGGGACCAAUCUUCCCAAUCUGUCCUCGCCGUCGGCUUACUCUGAGCUCCUGGAACUUUUCCGUUCUCGCAGUCUGCCCGUUCCCAGCAAUCCCACCGUCCCUCGACUUGUCGACAAGCUUUCAUCACUGUACCUCGAGCCGAACUCCCUACAGAAACCACUCUGGAUCACAAAUAUCCCCGAGUGUCUGUCACCUUUGGCGAAAUCUUACAUCCAUCCCACUGCACCCAAUGGUCAACCCGUUGCUGCACGCGCAGAGUUGUUCAUGGCCGGCAAGGAAGUCGUCAACUGUUACGAGGAAGAAAAUUCGCCUUUUGAGCAAAGGAGAAAGUUCAUGGAACAACAGAAAUAUGGCAGCCUUAAAUCCCGCCCACAGGCGAAAUCAAUCGAGAACGGAAUAACACCAGAUGAAAAUUUGGAAGGUGACGAAGAGGCGAUGAAAGUUGACGAAGACUACCUACGGGCGCUGGAAUGGGGACUUCCGCCCACGGGUGGAUGGGGGUGUGGGAUUGAUAGGUUGAUGAUGCUCUUCACGGGAAAAGAGAGGAUCGGAGAUGUUCUCAGCUUUGGCAAUCUGAGGGCCGUCACAAGGGGCGCGGAAGGGGACAGCAACACAGCAGUCGGAGGAAGCAAGUCUGAUCAAUGA